UCUGGGUUCUUGGUAGUAGGUGAGGUGGUGCGAAAACGAGGGCUUUCCUCUGUUUACUUACUUUCUCUCUCUUGUCUUUUGUUUUCUCUUUCUGAUUCUUUGCUAAUUCAGAAAAUGGAUCUCUAACGCAACUUCAUUCCUUUUUUCUUUUUCUUUUUUUCUUUUUUUUUUUUAAUUGUCUGUUCCGCGGCAAAAACGCUGCGUUUUGUUGAGACCAAAACUUUGCAGUUUCCGGGUAAUGUUUUUUCUUUCUUUCUUUCUUUCUGGGUCCUGGAUUGCGUGAAUUUCAGAAUUCCCAGAUCUUGUUUCCGUUUCGGUCUUCAAUUCGAGGUUACGUUCGAGGGAGCAGUGGCUUUGUUUUUUGGGAUUUGGAUCUCUAGGUUGGGAAUUGUCGGCGGCGAAAUCAGGGAUUGUUUGGGUGUGUUUUCCGGCGAAUUGGUCCUCAACUUUUUUGGGAUUAGGGUUUUGGCCUGAUGGCUUCAAAUCCUCCAUUUCAUGGGGAGGAUCAGACGGAUGAGGAUUUCUUCGAUAAACUGGUUGAGGAUGAUAUCGAGCCCGUUAUGUCUGGCCAUGAUGAUUCCGAUGACGCCAAAGCGUUAGCGAAUCUAGCUAUCACUGAUGAUGCUGAUGCUGAUGCUGCAUUUGGGAAUUCAGAUGCCGGUGAGGGUGGGAUUGAGCUGAAAGGGGAAGAGGGAGAGGGUAGUGUGAAAUUGGAUGGUGGAAAUGCACAAGAGGGAAAUUUUUCGGUGCCCUCUAGUUCAUCUGGAUGCAGUAGUUCGAUGGAUCAUGGUAAUGGAGGAACAUUGGCUUCAAGUUUGACCAAGAGCAAUGGAAUCACCAGUUCAGAGGUUAAGGAGGUGGAUUGGAAUUCCUUUCAUGCUAAUUCAAAUGGAGGUGUUGGGUUUGGAUCGUAUUCUGACUUUUUCAGUGACUUGGGUGAUCAAUCUGGGGACUUUCCAGGGAAAGAAGCUCAUGAUUCUAAUACUGAGGUGAAACCUGGUAAUGAAAUUCCAAAUUAUGGCUCAAAUGAUUCAGUUAAUUAUGUGCAAUAUCAGGAGGGUCAAGGUUAUGAUGCAUCUGUGGGAAAUAACGCAAAUGAGCAAGAUCCGAGUAGUGAUCAGUAUUGGGAGAAUCUUUAUCCUGGCUGGAAGUUUGACUACAACACUGGGCAAUGGUAUCAAGUAGAUGACCAGAAUGUAACAGCCACUACUACUCAGGGAAGCCCCGAAGCCAAUACAGCGGUGGGUUGGACAGCUGCUUCUGAUGCUAAUACGGAUAUGUCUUAUAUGCAGCAAACUGCUCAGUCUGUUGCUGGAACUUUAGCUGAAACUGGCACAACUGAAAGUGUAUCUAGCUGGAAUCAGGUUUCACAAGGGAAUAAUGGGUAUCCAGAACAUAUGGUUUUCGAUUCUAAUUAUCCUGAUUGGUAUUAUGACACAAUUACCCAAGAAUGGCGCUUGUUAGAGACUUACAUUUCUUCUAUCCAGUCUGCUGUUCCGGGACGUGAAAAUGGGCAUGAUUCUACCGGUACUUUUUCACAUAAUGAUAACAGUUUGUAUAGAGAGUAUGGCCAAGCUGGCAAUUAUGGGUCACAGGGCGUUAGUAGCCAGGCUGCAGAUGACAGCUGGAGUGGUUCAUAUGGUACUAACCAUCAACAGAGUUUGGACACUUACCCAACUGAGACUGCUACUAAAAGUGGGGAUAGUGCAACUUCUAGCGGAAACCAGCAAUUUGAUCAUUCUUUUGGUUCAAGUAUUUCUGUCAACAAAGAUAUACAAAAUACUUAUAGGUCCUUUGGAUCAGUUCCAUUGUACAAUAAAGUAAAUCACGAUCAUGUUUUGGCUAAUGGAACUGUUGAACGGCAAAGCUUUGCCCCUAGUGGUAACAUUGUUCAACAUUUUAAUUAUUCAAAUACACAGUUUGAUGAACAAAAAAAUUUCUCCAAAGAUUAUGCUGAAAGUCAGAAAUCCUUCAGUUACUCCCAGCAAUCAUUCCAGGGCGGGCAUCAGAAUUCGUAUGCCCCUCAUGCUGAAAUGGCUGGACGUCCUCCUCAUGCCCUGGUAACCUUUGGAUUUGGUGGAAAACUUAUUGUAAUGAAAGAUUCUAGUCUUUUGAGCUCGUCAUAUGGAAGCCAGAGUGCUGUACAAGGCCCUAUUUCUGUGUUGAACUUGAUGGAAGUUGUCACAGGAAGCAUUGCUCCUUCCAGCAUCAGAAAUGACACUGGUGAUUAUUUCUGUGCUCUCAGCCAGCAAUCUUUCCCAGGUCCAUUGGUUGGGGGGAGUGUUGGAAGUAAAGAGUUGUACAAAUGGAUAGAUGAGAGGAUUGCACACCGCGGAUCGCCUGACAUGGAUUAUAAGAAAGGUGAAAGGUUGAAACUCCUUCUCUCCUUGCUUAAAAUAGCUUGUCAGCAUUAUGGAAAACUACGUUCUCCUUUUGGAACGGACACCAUACGAAAAGAAAAUGAUACUCCUGAGUCAGCAGUUGCAAAACUUUUUGCAUCUGCCAAGAUGAGUGGCAAGGAGUUCACUCAGUAUGGUGCGCUGAGCCACUGCCUGCAAAAUUUGCCUUCUGAAGCACAAAUGCGGGCAACGGCUUCCGAGGUACAGAUGCUUCUUGUCUCUGGUAAAAAGAAGGAGGCUUUGCAAUAUGCACAGGAAGGUCAGUUGUGGGGACCUGCACUUGUCCUUGCUUCACAACUAGGUGAUCAGUUCUAUGUUGAUACAGUGAAGCAAAUGGCACUUCGUCAACUGGUUGCUGGGUCACCUCUACGCACAUUAUGCCUUCUAAUUGCUGGGCAACCUGCAGAAGUUUUCUCUUCUCACAGCUCAAUUAAUGGGGAUCCUAGUGCUUUCAAUAUGCCUCAACAGCCUGCACAGAUGGUCUUAUUUGGAUCUAAUGGCAUGCUUGAUGAUUGGGAGGAGAAUUUGGCUGUAAUAACUGCAAACAGAACUAAAGAUGACGAACUUGUAAUUAUUCAUCUUGGUGAUUGCUUGUGGAAGGAAAGAAGUGAGAUCACUGCUGCACACAUCUGCUAUUUAGUUGCUGAAGCAAACUUCGAGUCAUACUCAGAUAGUGCGAGGCUCUGUCUAAUAGGAGCAGAUCACUGGAAAUUUCCUCGAACUUAUGCUAGUCCAGAGGCCAUCCAGAGGACUGAGUUAUACGAAUAUUCAAAGGUGCUUGGAAACUCUCAAUUUAUUUUGCUUCCGUUUCAGCCAUAUAAGCUUGUAUAUGCAUAUAUGCUAGCUGAAGUGGGAAAGGUUUCAGACUCGUUGAAGUACUGCCAAGCAGUCCUGAAAUCCUUAAAAACUGGCCGUGCACCAGAAGUAGAAACGUGGAAACAAUUGGUAAUAUCUCUUGAGGAGAGGAUUAAAACCCACCAACAGGGUGGGUAUGCUGCAAAUUUGGCUCCCGCAAAAUUAGUGGGCAAAUUGCUAAACUUUUUCGAUAGUACUGCACAUCGAGUUGUAGGAGGUUUACCACCACCUGCUCCAUCAUCAUCACAAGGAACUGUUCAUGGAAAUGAACAACAUCACCAGCCUAUGGCACACAGAGUAUCCAAUAGCCAAUCAACAAUGGCCAUGUCAUCCUUAGUUCCAUCUGCUUCAAUGGAAUGGACAGCUGACAGUAAUAGGAUGACAAAGCCUAAUAGAAGUGUUUCAGAGCCAGACUUUAGUAGAAGCCCCCAACAGGAAACCUCAGCUGAUGCACAAGGAAAAGCGCCAGAAUCAGGGGGCACAUCUCGCUUUUCUCGUUUUGGUUUUGGUUCACAACUUUUGCAAAAGACAGUGGGGCUAGUCUUGAGACCUCGGCCUGGCCGACAGGCUAAACUGGGUGGAAAGAACAAGUUCUAUUAUGAUGAAAAACUGAAAAGAUGGGUAGAGGAAGGUGCUGAACCUCCGGCUGAAGAAACCGCACUGCCACCACCUCCAACAACUGCUGCUUUUCAGAAUGGUUCGCCCGAAUACAACUUGAAAUCUGCAUUGAAGACAGAAGGAUCACCUUCUAAUGAGGGCUCUGAUUUAAGAACUCAGAGUCCUGAACUUACUCCAGGGAUCCCACCAAUACCACCUAGCACAAAUCAUUUCUCUUCCCGAGGCCGCAUGGGUGUUCGAUCAAGGUACGUUGACACCUUCAACCAAGGUGGUGGAAGCCCUGCAAACUUGUUUCAGUCACCAUCUGUUCCAUCCGUCAAACCUGUUCUUGCUGCCAAUGCUAAGUUUUUUAUUCCUGCUCCUGUGCCAUCAUCAAAUGAGCAGACAAUGGAGGCUAUAGCAGAAAGCAAUCAAGAAGAUAGUUUAGCGAAUGAAAAUCCUUCAACUUCUUCUAGGAAUGAAUGGUCAUACCAAUCCCCCAAACCCGCAUCAUCAUUGGCCAGGAUUCCGAGUAUGGGUAACAUCUCAAACCGGGGAGCAAUGAUGAAUGGAAAUAACUCUCAUCCCCCUCAUUCACGGCGAACAGCUUCAUGGGGUGGGGGGAGUAUUAGUGAUUCAUUUAGCCCCACAAAAUUGGGUGAAAUUAAGCCUUUAGGUGAAGCUUUGGGAAUGCCACCAUCAACAUAUAUGCAUGAUGAGUUUUCUUUAAUGCGCACACCUAAGAAGAGUGGGAGUUUUGGAGAAGAUCUUCAUGAGGUUGAACUUUGAGGCUUGAGCACAUAAUUAAGCUGUAAAUAUCAAAUUUUGUUUAUGGUCAUCAGAGCAGUUGGGACAUCCCUGCUGCAUUUCUCUGAAACUACGGAAUGGUGGUACACAUCAGGUGAAGUUCAUUAAGAAACAUAUUACAUCUUCCCCUCGCCCCUUGUUUUACCAAGGGAGUUGACACUGGCCACCAUCCAAGGCUCAAGGGACUGGUGUCUUUUAGCAAGGGACAAACCACGUAGGUGAGUAGUACAACUCAUUUGUUCAUUUUAUUAAACAAGAAAACACAAUAUGUCCCACGAGGAAAAGAGGCCUCAACAGAUCCAAGGACAAAAGAAUAAUCUAUGGAAUUGUGAAAUAUAAGUUUUGCCCCUUUUGGAAUUGUUUCAGUUAUGAAAUGGAAUUUAAUUUACAAAUUAGAGCCUUCGGUCUUGAUUUGAAAUGUUGUUUACACAUAAACCAGUUAUCUCAUCC